CUGAUGAUGAAAGCCAAAGACAGAUGAAUCCCACCCUGCCCGUUUUUGUGCGCCCUACCAACCCGCCGUUUUCUGCCUGCCGUACCCCGCCACGCCGCCAGACCCAGCCGUGCGCCGCCGGACCCGGACGGUGGCAUUGAGUGAGGGUCCGUGUAAGCGGCACUAAGUGCUGGGUGCAGAAUGGGGGUCUGGGGGUUCGUGAAGACGCAGUUUGUGGUUCAUCUGCUGAUUGGAUUCGUCUUUGUGAUAAGUGGCCUCAUCAUCAACUUCCUGCAGCUCUGCACCCUUCCACUGUGGGGCGUCAACAAGCAGCUUUAUCGCAGGGUCAACUGCCGACUGGCCUACUCUCUAUGGAGCCAGUUGGUGAUGCUGCUGGAGUGGUGGUCUGGUACGCAGUGCACGCUCUUCACAGACCAGGAGACUGUGGAUCACUUUGGGAAGGAGCAUGUCAUUAUUAUUCUCAAUCACAACUUUGAGAUUGACUUCCUGUGUGGCUGGACCAUGUGUGAGCGCUUUGGAGUCUUAGGGAGCUCGAAGGUCCUUGCGAAGAAAGAGCUUCUGAUGGUUCCGCUUAUUGGGUGGACGUGGUACUUUCUGGAAAUAGUCUUCUGUAAACGCAAGUGGGAAGAAGAUCGAGACACAGUCCUCCAUGGGCUCCACAGCCUGCGAGACUACCCUGAGUACAUGUGGUUCCUGCUGUAUUGUGAGGGCACGCGUUUCACCGAAACAAAGCAUAAAAUCAGUAUGGAAGUUGCAGAUAAAAAAGGGCUGGCUCGUCUGAAGCAUCACCUCCUGCCCCGGACCCGAGGAUUCACUACUGCCGUCCAGUGUCUGCGGGGGACAGUUGCUGCGGUCUAUGAUGUAACGUUGAAUUUCCGUGGAAACAAGAACCCAUCCUUGCUGGGAAUUCUGUACGGGAAGAGAUAUGAAGCAGAUAUGUGUGUUAGACGUUUCCCUUUGGAAGAUAUUCCAGAAGAUGAGAGAGAGGCUGCAAACUGGCUUCAUAAACUCUAUCAAGAGAAGGAUGCUUUACAGGAACAGUACCUCCAAGAGGGAUUAUAUCCUGGUACCCAGAUCGUGCCCUCCCGCCGGCCUUGGACCCUCCUCAACUUUUUGUUCUGGGCAACACUUCUCCUAUCUCCCCUGUUCUCAUUUGGAAUUGGCAUCUUUGCCAGUGGUUCUCCCCUUCUAAUCCUUUCCUUCAUGGGCUUCAUCUGGGCAGCCUCCUUUGCUGUGCGCCGCCUGAUUGGGGUGACGGAGAUUGAGCGAGGUUCUAGUUACGGUAACAGUGAGGUGAAGAAGAAGAAGAAUUAGCUGCAGGCACCACAUACCUAAGGCAGUUUGAACUUUAUCUUGGUUUCUUACUAACAUGAACUGAGGGGGUAGUCUGCCUUUCAGGGCCUCCAUCCUGGACUGGCACCAUGAGUCAAUAGGAACCUGCCAUUUCAUAGGUGCAAGAACAGCUGCAACGCCAGAGGAUAUAUUACCCCUACUCUGUGCCCUCUGCUCCUCCUCCCAUGAUGGUGGAGUCCACGUUACCUUUACUCUAUGCCCUGUGCUCCUCCCCUGAUGGCUGAGCCCACGUUACCCCUACUCUAUGCCAUCUUCUCCUUGUCCCCUGAUAGCUGAGUCCAGGUUACCCUUACUCUAUGCCCUCUGCUCCUCUUCCCCUGAUGGCGGAGUCCACGUUACCCCUACUCUAUGCCCUCUGCUCCUCCUCCCCUGAUGGCGGAGUCCACGUUACCCGUACUCUCUGCUCUCUACUCCUCCUCCCCUGAUGGCUGAGUCAACUUUACCACUACUCUAUGCCAUCUGCUCCUCUUCCUCCCCUGAUGGCUGAUUCCAUGUUACCCCCUACUCUGUGCCCUAUGCUCCUCCUCCCCUGAUGGCUGAGUCCACGUUACCCCUACUCUAUGCUAUCUGCUCCUCCUCCCCUGAUGGCUGAGUCCAUGUUACCCCUACUCUAUGCUCUCUGCUCCUCCUCCCCUGAUGGCUGAGUCCACGUUACUCCUACUCUAUGCCAUCUGCUCCUCCUCCCCUGAUGGCUGAGUCCACGUUACCCCUACUCUAUGCCAUCUGCUCCUCCUCCCAUUAUGGCUAAGUCCACGUUACCCCAACUCUAUGCCCUCUGCUCCUCCUCCCAUUAUGGCUGAGUCCACGUUACCCCUACUCUAUGCCAUCUGCUCCUCCUCCCAUUAUGGCUGAGUCCACGUUACCCCUACUCUAUGCCAUCUGCUUCUCCUCCCAUUAUGGCUGAGUCCAUGUUACCCCUACUCUAUGCCCUCUGCUCCUCCUCCCCUGAUGGCUGAGUCCACGUUACCCCUACUCUGUGCCCUCCGUUCUCCUUAUCACUAGGUCCAUCUUAUUGCCCCUACACAAUGCCCAGUGCCUCUUCUCUGCUCUCCCCUUAUCUCUUGUUCCCUGUAUACCCCCUUUCUUUAUCACUCAUGAUGUAUGCCAUUGCUGGCAUGGGUGUAUACUGCCCCUCCUGUGUGCCCUCUGCUCCUCCAUGUUUGUGGGACCACCUUCCCUUAAUCCAGCCCCCCCCCCCUCCUUCUGUUUAAUACCUGGACUUUUUCCCGUAGUAUUACUGAGAGAAUUCUCAUCAGGUACUGUUGUAUCUCCGCCCACCCCCAGUGUUGCAGAGGAAACGGGGGCUCCUGACACACUGGAAUGACGCUAAUCUGAGCCGGCCCCCGGUGUGAAGCCUGCCGUGCCGCUGUUGUAACGUCCAGAGCCACAGAUCUAUGCCCACAGUACACUGCAGUCAGGACUGGCGCCGGUGUAUGAGUGUGAAUGAAUGUUAUUUCUGUAUAUGCACAAACCACUCCGUUAUGUGUGAAGGAAUUGUCUGGACCUUCAUCUCUCUCCGGAACCCUCAGGGCAGCUCUCCUCUUCCCACGCUCACCUGUGGCAUCAUGUCUCUGGCACGGGAAGGGCUGGCACCGCCGCGGGGCACGGGACGUCUGUGUCAUAGUAUGUGACUACCUCUGCCAGGGAUUAGUGCUUUAGACCUUAACAUGUCAUUAGCAUGUAACAAACCAGACUGACAACUUCACACUAAUAUCAUAUAUGACAUAUCAUCCACUAGGGAGGAGAAUACUGCAUGUAGGGGUUAAUCCUGUGUGUCAUACGGGUGUGAGUGGCCAGAGAGACGCGUGAGCAGACUGUAGUGUUGCUUUAUGUCGCUGCCCGUGUGAUCACCUUUAUCUCCCCUGUAAAGAGACGUUAGGAGUAACAAUAAAGAGCUGAAACAAGA